AUGGACAGAUCUAAGGACGCUAGAAAGAGAUCUAUUAGUUUGGCCUGUACUGUGUGUAGGAAACGAAAGUUGAAGUGCGAUGGGAACAAGCCAUGUGGAAGAUGUAUAAGGCUAAAUACACCAAAAGAAUGCAUUUAUAAUAUUGAUAAAAGGAAAGACAAGAGAAAAAUCAAAAACGGGUCGAAGGUUUUUUUAUUCAAGAAUAAUACUAUCGAUAACGGGAAUAACUCUAUACUAGAGAACAAAGGACUAAAUGAAGACCUUUCUUCUCAUAUAUAUGAGAAAGAAGCGCCAAAAUUCGAUUCAGAUAUUGAUAUAUCAAGAUUUGGCACAAAUGAUGCUGUGAUUUUUAAUAAUGACGGGUGGGACACUUCUCUUCCGAUCGAUUUUGAUUUCGAUGAGUUUAACACUGAGACAACAGAUUUCGAUGACUUUUUAAAACUAUUAGGCGAUAAUUCACCUUCAAAGGAACAAAAAAGUCUUUCCUAUUCACCUACUGCUACAGGCUUAAGCGGUGUGGUUAAAGAAACUGAGAGCGAAGAUAACGCUCCUACGAGGUCUCGGCUAAUCGAUGUCUUGUUUGAGAACAAGCUUCACUCCGUACCAGGAAUAUCAAAAUGGCAUCUAUAUGAGCUGGAAUCCCAAUACCCAAAUUUGGAAUGUACAGAAGGAAAUAGUGAUGAAAAGUUUUUACUUUCAACUGUAUUGUGCCUGGGGUCGUUGACCAUACGAAAAAGGGAACUAUUGAAUCAUUCGAACAUAGACAAUCGUCCACUUUUGCCGGAGAAUAGUAUUUCAAAACUGACCACUGAUGCUUUUAAGUACUAUAAUGCUGCGAAAACGCUUGUUCCCGACUUGUUAUCUCAUCCCACAAUCGAUGGAUUUUGCGGCCUCGUUCUAAUGGCAAAUUUCAUGACGAUGAUGAUAUCCUUAGAGCACCAAUUAUAUUUGAGUAUAAAUGCUUUACAACUUGCUGUGGCUUUAAACUUGAACAACAAUACAAAAUGCAAGGAAUUACUUGAGUCGAACAGCGACGGAAUUGGUGUGAUCUUGCUUUUUUGGAACAUUUGGUGUUCUUCUUGCAUGUUGGCAACAAUUCAUGGAAAAAAUCCUUUUAUCACUUUGGAACAAAUUACAACACCUCUGCCGUGUGAAAUAUCCCCCCGCAAUAAAACUAAUAAACUUUUGAUAGAUUUCAUGCAAAUCAGAAUCAAGCUAGCCACUCUACAAAGUAAGAUUUUUCAACGGCUAUAUACUUCCAGCACCGCAAACGAGGUACCAUUCGUAAACUUAGAAAGAGAAUUUGAGGAGGUUUCACUCCAGAUUACCAGGUUAAAAGGCUUUCCGAUAUUCGAAGAACAUCUUUUUUACAGGAGCAGAGUCUUAAUGUUAGAGCUAUCAUGUUUAAGAGCUCAAGCUUCUUUUCUAUUAUAUCGUCCGUAUCUGAUCACUGGAGAAUCCUUACAAGCAGUAACCAUGGCAAAAUCAAUAAUUCACGAAAUAUGGAGUCAAUACACUAAACAGUUUCCCGAUAACGAAAAGGAAAGGCAUGAACGUUUGGAUUGGAAUUUUUGUUAUCCUUUAAGAACAGCGUCACUGACAUUAUGUAUUUCAUGUAUUAUACUCCUAAGGUAUAAGCAGGUGGUGCAGUUCCUUAAAGGUACUGAACUAUUUGAAUACAUUCUAGCAUUGGAAAUAUUGCAAGAUUUAGUUCAGGUACUUCCUAUUGAACAAAACCUUAUUGAUAUAAUCAAAUAUCCGAUCAGUCCAGUACAGCUGAGUGGUGAUAGCUUUGUCGAAUUUUGGGGUCGCAUACUUUACUAA